GGGCUCGGAGACCAACCACACCAGAGAGAAAGGUCAGCCAGACGCCACCGCCGCCGUGGUCGCGCCGCACGCAACUCUCAAGACUCCUCGCGCGCCCGCGCGAGAGAGAAGCCGAGGAGAGAGGAAUCGAGCCUUCUGGGCAAGAGAGGCCGGGGAGGAUGGGCACGGGGGACGGAGAGGUCGCGGCGAGCAAGGAGAAGGGUGGCGGCGCGGAGCGGACGUCGCUGGACGGCGUGCGGGACAAGAACGUGAUGCAGCUCAAGAAGCUCAACACGGCGCUCUUCCCCGUCCGCUACAACGACAAGUACUACCAGGACGCCAUCGCCUCCAAGGACUUCUCCAAGCUCGCUUAUUACAGCGAUAUAUGCGUUGGCGCAAUUGUGUGUCGCCUGGAGAAGAAGGAAGGAGGGGCGGUCUGCGUUUACAUCAUGACCUUGGGUGUACUGGCACCGUAUCGCGGCCUUGGUAUCGGAACAAUGCUGCUGAACCAUGUUUUUGAUCUCUCUGCAAAGCAGAACAUCUCUGAGAUAUACUUGCAUGUUCAGACAAACAACGACGAUGCCAUCACUUUCUACAAGAAGUUUGGGUUCGAAAUAACACAGACGAUACAUAACUACUAUAUGAACAUUACGCCACCAGAUUGCUAUGUUCUUACCAAAUUUAUUGGUCAGGCUGCUACGAAGAAAUGAGCAGCCACCCCUCCUUUUGCGACACCUUCACUGCCAUGUUAUGGUGGAGAUAGUUGCAGUCUGAUCGCAGUUUGUGCUGUGUUUUCAUUUUAUGAGCUCUAACAUUAUACAGACAUCUGAGUAGCCUCGCUACAGUAACGAGUCAUCAUUUGCAUUAUUGAGUCUGUUCUUUUCCAAUCCUUCUUCAGAGCGUGACUUUGUGCCUUAACACAUGCUUUGAUCUUACAUGGAAAUCGACAUAGGUCCCUGUAUGCUC